CAACGUAUCCAACAUAAUGGACUUGCUUUACGACCUGUGUAAGAAUUAACUGGUUUCAACAUGGGCACGUGCUGUUCAAAGCCCCAAACAUCGAGGCCGAUAGAUUGUACUCGUCAGAGCCGAUACAGGUAAAGAUAAUCUACUGCAGUAUCAGAAUUAAUAAGGAUAGCAAGGUAGUUUAGGAAAUAUGGACAAUAUAUAUAUAUAUAUAGGUGAUACCUAAAUAGGCAAUAUAUGUGAUACCUAAAAAGCUAAAUUUUUUUUUAAAUACUGUUACUGUUGGCCAAAGCGAAGAUGCAAUAUUAUUGUAUUGACUUGAGUAUUCUAAAGCUUUGAAUACAUUUAUACUGAAACAAUCUGUAACAUGUUGAUAAUUAAACUAUCAUCAUCUGGAAUUUUGACCACUUCAUGAUUUGUGGUAAAUCUAAAAUCUUCAUUUGGUUGGACUCGAAUAAAUCGUCAAUUUUUGUCAAAAUCAAUUAAAAUCCGUACAGACCUAGACUUAAGUGUCGCUAUGAUAAUACAAAGCAAACAAUAUGUGUCCUCAAAUUGUGUAUAUAAAUAAUCAUUUGGCAUUUCGCCGUGCUUUGUUUAAUUCGUACACAUUUACGAAUUGUUUCGUAUGUUUAACUUGCCAAUUUUUGCCUGUGAAAAAUAAACAUGCCAAGACAAGUCACCAUUAUGUUUGAUUCUUAUUUUCACAUUUGCAUACUGUUAAAACCAUUCAUGCAGAUCAUCAUUUGAUAAUAGCUAGAUAAAUUGGUGCAUAGGUAUUAGGUACUAUAGAGUCUACAGGUGGGCUUCGGUAUAACGACCUUUUAUGCAUGCAGUGUACAUAAUUAUGGUUCCUAUCAGUGUGAAUACAUUUUAAGUUAGCGAGCAAACGAUCCUAAAUAGUUCCAUUCCAUGUAUUAACCACGAAACACAAGGUCAACACAUAGAGUGAACAAUUUCUUCACUUGAUCACUCAUUCCUACACAUUUGACGAGAAUGUGGUUCAUUCAAUUAUCACACUUGGUGAAACUAUUUCAUUGUUCAAUACAUCAGAUAAGUUAACGUUAAAACGCGUUUUCGCGUAUGUGUGGGUGAAGGAGGAUAUUAGAUUUAAAAAGUCAAAACAAACACUCGUAACAUAUAAGAUAUACAAAGCCAAUAUCAUGUGUUGCGGUGCAACUAUAAAAGGAAAUUUUUCAGUCAGAAUGUUUGAACUAUCUUACGUUUCUGCCAUGAUACGACCCCACGUAACUUGUUGCCGCGAUAUUAAACAAUUUCAUAUAUUGGCAAUGUACAGUUUCUCUCUAAUCUUGCUGAUAUUAUCUCUGCAUAAUCACAUAGCUGUUUCGGUGCCUCUCAUAUCUGAGACUUUAUAUAUAGGGACGUGACUUUAUUUUCUCUGAUAAUUUCGCCUCAUUCAUAUUUGUGAGAACUGAGUGCGGUUAGACUUUGUCAAACCAGUAGCGGAAGUCAAUUCUGAAUCUUCCUAUUGUACUAAUUAAAGAAUACCUUACUGGAUCUCUAUAGGAAAACAGUUAAGAACUGAUACAGCUAUCAAUUUUUUUGGUGUAAAAUAGGUAAUUGGACAUGCAAGUACUGGUGUAAGACAUUGUGUAGCCUAAAUAAUGAGAGGACCAGUAUUCAAAAUUUGUUGUUCUUUGCUCCGACUCCUGGUGAAUAUAUACGUGUACGUAAUAAACUACGGCAACUACGAUUACAGGAACUAAAAAAGGUGAAAUAUUUGUGGCGGACACGAUAAAAGGCGAGGAUAUACUGAGGAUUAUCGUGUCCCACAAAUAUUUCACCUUUUUUAGUUCUUAUACUGUAAUCGUAAUUUCCCUAUAUGGUUUAUUACGUAUAUGUUCACCAUAUAGGAGUAGGAAUAAAGAACAUAACAAUUAAUUUUGAAUACUGGUCCUCUCAUUAUUUAGGUUACACAAUGUUUUACACUAGUAUUUGUCCAAUUACCUAUUUUACACCAAAAAAUGUUAAAAAAAAAGAAGAAAUCUAAGGGUGCCUUCGCUCCAGGAAGAACAGUUUAUAAAUUAUAGAACUGAUAAACGGCUAACCAAGUUAGUUUCGCUUGGUUUUAGAAGAGAGAGCUAUCCAGUAUAGAUAAAGCAGGGUGCCAAUUCAUUCGAAAUUCAAUCCGAAGGAGUUCAAAACCGUCAAUUUCAAGUUCAUCUCGCUGUUUUACAACAAGUGACUCAAACUAACUUCAAGAACGCCUCCCCUCAAUGUAAUAAACUGUCAGCCCUAUAGCUAUAUAUGACGAUAUGACAGCCGAAUGGCCCUAUCUCGCUAUUUCAACCCUUUAGACUACUAAGAAUCCUCGGUCGUCAUGAUUACAGCAGGAAAGAUGACAGCUACAAACGUGGCGAACCAGAUGGAAGCGAAGAAGUCGAGUCACUUCAAAAAACAAAGAAAAACUCAAGAAGAAGCCGUAAAAAGGAUUUUCUUGACGACACAACAGGCACUACGUACGUCGAUGAGUCGGAUAUCGACGUCUAUCCAGUGAAUCGUAACGAGAUUAAUGGAAUAUCAGGUUUGGGGACUAUGAGACAACACUAUAUAACGUAUAUAAAUUUAUACUUGCAAGAAAGUCGUGGAUAUCGGUUUACCUUCCACCGACUCUUGCCUGUAUUUUUAUUGACAACUGCAUGAUAAAGUAUUUUCAUGAUACCGGACAAAAAGGUUGAAAGGGCAAUUUCACAAAAUAUUUCGCUCACAAUUGACUUAAAAUUUAUCUGACUGUAAUGGCCCCUAACUAUCCUUUCAAAUUGCAUGACCAUUUUCCUCCAGACUAUCAAAGAGUCAUUUCUUAUUGUUCCAUUGUUACUACAGAAGGAGAGCAGAGCAUGCAUUCGGAGUUAGUAAUCUUCUCACAAGUGAUGAGGAAAUUGAACCACAGUCCAAAAGUGAGUUAGAGUUCAUUGCAUGUUUUUAAAAUUUUCUGUCCUCCUUAUUUCCUUAGAGGACGAAGACAAGGAUGAGAAUUCAUUGAAAGAAAGUGCUCUUUCUCAGUUGGUGCGGGAACGGGUUAUCAAAGGGGAUGUCAACACGGAGAUACCGACUUUGCCUAAAAUGGUUAAAAUUGUCGUGGCAUCCAUCCACGAAGGUAAAUAAUGACCUGCUUUAUAACACAUAUGAAUUAUCCGUCAUGUUGCAUCUUUUUUCAUCCGUGUUACUGCCAACGCAAAGCUAUAAAAAUCCAAGCCAACUAACAAAAAUAGCGCAAACUAUAGUGCUGGCUACAGUGCCGAAACAAACCAUGCCUGAAAAUUUCUCAACUUUGAGUAACGAUGCUUUUCUGUGACAGUUUCUAUAAUGCUGUAUUUAUGCACAUAUUAAAACGGUUCACAAGUACGUACGUCCAGCCAACCACGCAACUGUUCGUCAGAGUAGACAAUCUACACAGAUAGUUCGUCUUGAUAAAUGAUCCCUCUCUUUUUCACGUAUAAACCUUUCCCACGUUAAGCCUUAAACUUAAGGUUCACAAUGUCAAAGUUUCUGUGAUCACAAUAGAAAUUUUUGAAAGAUUUGUAAGAAAUGUUUGAGGGAACUCACUCAGUGUUUAACAUCAAGUCAGUUAGUCGAUUUAACAAACAAACCUGUUAGCCAAAACCAUCAGCGAGAAAAAAGGAUUUUGAAAAGAAUGCAUGCCAUGGACCGUUAUAAUUGCCAUCACAAUCCUUGCUGAAACGAGGCAAAUCCGUAGCUAUCUCACCCUUUGUGUUUAAAAAACAGUUUUUAUUCUUUCUUUCAACUAGAGAUGGCUGAGGAAAGACUUAUUUUAGAUGAGAGAGUAUUUCCUGAGUUGAGAAAAUUCUGUCGCGAACAAAAUUUCGACGUUCACAUUAUUGACGUGAAUAUUGAAGAUGAACAGUUUAAUUACGACGACUGGAAAGAUGAAAUAAAAAUUGCUCACCAAGAAUCAACUGGUGUUGGAUUUAUUGUAAGUUGAGAUGAUGGAGAUACUUUAACCAGCUUUACCUAGACUGGAUAGCUCUAUCAGCUCUACACUUUUCUUCCCAGUAAGGAUCACCUCUUGUUGGUGAAGUGUUACUAAACGUAACCUAGUCCAUACUGGUUGUAUAUUGUUCUUCCUAGAGGUUCUGUAUACGUAACGAUCAUUCGUUGCUGGUUACUACAAGAGGAGACCGAAAGCAAACUAAUUUAAUUAUUUACAACGUAUAUUGCUCAUAGAUAUCUUAUAUACACUAGAUAGUGCAUCUAAUUAUUCUGCAAUUCAAAAAUUGAAGCCGUGAUUGCAGUCUCAGGUCGUUCCCAUGAAAUGAGAAGAUUCGUAUAUUUUCUAUUUCUUAAACAGGGAACUUAAACAUUAAGUUAAACCUAUUCCAAAUACAUUUUCAAACUAUUCAAAUGAUGAAAGUUAUUGUUGUUUAUAAGCUUUUAUUAGCAAUUGGGAACGACCAACAUGACCGCCAUCUAUUCAAAUGGGGGUAACCGCUGGAGUAGAUAGAUAAAUAGUUUAUUUAGAUAGAUAGUUUAUUUGAACUUCCAUGGCAGCAUACACUGAAUUGCAGAAGUUUUACAUUAUGAUUAGAUAGAUCAACCAGACCGGACUGACGUGAAGCAGACCGAGGUAGACUUUGAGCUUACAAAUGGCGCUUGAGCAGCCGCUAUUAGUCCAUACCUCAUUAAUGAUCUGCCUCCAGACCUUAUGUGCCUAACCCACCCUGUCAACUUUUCCUGUGGGAGGAAACACGGAGUACCCGGAUUUUCGGCAGAGCGUUGACUUACUCUUUUCACAUUAGGACUGAGUUCGAGUCACAAUGAGAAGUCCUCAUUUAGAUUCGAACCUGCGACGGUGAAAGGCAAGUGCCCUAACCACUUCGCUACCGAAGCCCCACUCUUAGCUUCAAUUUUACUAAAAGAGGUGCGCUAUCUAGUGUAUAUAAGAUAUCUAUGAUAUAGCUCUAUUAUACGUAUAUAGCUCUAUUAUCAGUUCAAACUGUUCUCUGGAGGUCCAGUAAGAUUCAUGCAGUGUUACUAGGGAAGAAACUGCAGUACCCGAAGAAAACCAUGGACAUCGUAUUUGGUGGAGUCGCACUCUUUUUACAUGCAGUCCCUUUUUUCUGGGGACCAUGCCCCCUGACGGCCGGACGAUUAGGGACAACCCCCCCCGUUUGGGGCAGGCUACUCCCCUGCCCAAAUGAUAACAGUUUGGCAUUUAGAAAACGUUAGGGUACCAUGUACCUACAGCAAAAUUAUUUCUUAAACCUAGGUUCUAGUUGGUCAAAAUUUGGGAGAAAGAUGUCUGCCCAAAAAGAUUGAUGUCAAAGAUUUCGAACUUCUGCUAGAGAUGCUGCCGAGUGAUCACGACGCGAUACGAAGUCUUUACGAACUUGACGCACGUGAAAUCCCGUGCUACGUUCUUAAAAAAGCCUGUUCUGAUCUUCACGAGGAAAAUAUUGAAGAGGUCUCACAACGUCUGCUCGAGAAAAUGGAGGAGAAUGAUUUUAAACGAAAGUGUGAGCAGCAAUAUAUUUUCAAUGGUAUGGUGAAACUUUUCGUUUAAUUCGUUUCCGUUUACACAUGUAAAAAUCUCACAACUUGUCAACAAGAUGUGUUCUCAACAGGUUUGUAGCAAGCUUGUGAACAAGUUGUAACAAUGCUGUUAUUUUAUCAAGUUGCUACAAGGUUGUCACUCACAAUUUGUUGACAAACUGUUGAAUUGCAGGAUGAUAACAAGUUGUUGGAACAACUUGUAACAAGUCUGCUGAGCUCAACAACCUUGUAGCAAGUUGUCAACAAGCUGGGAACAAGCAGUGCGAACACAUCCUGUUGACAAGUUGUUGGAACAGCAUUGCUACAAGUCUGCUGCAGGUUUGUCACAACUUGUGCGUGAAACUAGCUGAAAAACUUCUAACAACUUAUGUUUAUAUUUCAGCGCUGUUACAAGCUGCGUCACUCGGGAACGACUUAUCAAACGAAAGCUCCACGGCUGUGUGGAUAGAAAGAAAGGUCGACUACCUGUACCAGAACGACGGCUUUGACGAGCAAAGCAACGACGAUAAAGCCGAACUACGAAUCCUUCGAGAACAAUAUGACCGAAACAACACCUCAAUAAUCUCGUACGAUGAAUUCGCUAAAUACGACAUUAUGAAACGGAAUAAUUUUCAUAAAACCAUAAUAGAAAAGAUUAAAGAAAAAAUUCAAAUUUCGGCCCUACAACCUGCAGUAAACACAAUUACAGACCAACACAUAAAAGAAAUUGCACAACACAUCUUAAAAUGUCAAGAGAAUGUUUCAAAUGUAGAUGAAAGUCAACAACGGACGAUUGGCAUUCAACGACGCAUCAGUACGUAUCUGAGAGCGAAUACUAAAACCCCAUUGGUGGUUCACGGACCUCCCGGAUGUGGGAAAAGCACAAUGGUUUCCAUGGCAGCAAAACUAGCGAGUGAAAAUAUGGUGGAAGGGACGACUCUAGUAAUCAGAUUCCUUGGUUCUACGCGGCAUUCAAGUAAUCUGCGAUUUCUGUUGAGGAGUAUUUGUUUCCAGUUGUCCAGAGCGUUUGGGAAUAAAGAUUUGAUCCCAGAGGUGCGGUUAACUGUUUCCAUAACAUUGGUCUCAUUUAUUAUACUAGGAAAUGGAUAAUUAUUAAGACGCAGUGAACUCCACGUCAAUAAAUUGAGUUCUCUGAUCACAACACGCAAUCUUUAAUAUACUGACACAAAUUUCAUGUUUCUUCUUUAUACUGACACAAAUUUCAAAUUUCAGGAUUUCCAAUCGAUCGUCAAGAUGUUCCUCAGUUCCCUCCACAAUGCAACGAAAGGAAGACGAAUUCUAAUUAUCUUGGAUGGCUUGGACGAACUUCCGAAAUCAAACUUGUUAUGGCUGCCGCGUGAAUUGCCUGAUCAUGUCCGAAUUAUUCUCACAACUUUGACCAAUGGUGGUUACUACAACGGUCUAAAGGUGCUGUCUCCUUCUCUGCUGGCAUGUUGCAGUGAUUUAGACCAACAAAGGAUGAAGCUCUUCCAAGGAGUCCUUCUCCCUGUAUUCCCUUGAAAAGUCUUCUCUUGUUCCCUUGCUUCCAAAGAAGAUUUCACCAUGCUCUCUUUGUUCCCCAAUCUUACAUGUUCCCUUGUUCUCUAUCAUCUUUUUAGCUUUGUUUCCCUUGCAAAAUAUGCCUUGUUUCCCAGAAGCCCCUGGAAGAUCCAUUAUUUCUUACUGGAUUUCCAGGAAAAAUAGUUUAGAUCUGAUAGUCCAGGAUAAAUAAAAGCUUGUUCAGUUUAAUUUAAUUUUAAACAAGUAGAUUGCAAAUAAUUCGGAUUAUUUCCUUCAUUUUAGGCAACAUUUGAGGACGCAACCGACCAUUUUAUCGACGUCGGUGAGAUUGAUAAGACAGAGGCCAGAUCUUACAUUACCACAUGGUAUCAAGUUAGAGGCACAGAACCUUCAGAAGACCUUAACAACCGCAUUCUGAACGCCGUACCAAAGUGCCCCAACACCCUGUACCUUAAACUAUUACUUCACCAUAUUCACCACAAGAUACCGCUGGCGGAGAGUGCGGAUUACUCGGGCGUACGCAUGCCUAACUCGUUGAAACACGUGAUUGAACAUUACUUUGUUACGAUGGAGAAAAAGCAUGGGAAGCUUGUCAUUCAAAGGAUCAUGGGAUACCUAUCGGCGGCACGGUUUGGAUUGAGCGAACGAGAGCUGGAAGAGAUACUUACCCGGGAACAUAUUUCCGGUAAGGUGCCAAGUUCCCGGGUCUGGUCGUUCCAGUUAUCCCGGAUACUUCAUGAUCUCUCACCUUUGGUCUCCAAGGUUUAUUUCGACGGGAUGUUAGUCCUAACAUGGCGGCAUCUGAUCAUCCGGUAUCUGGCGUUUGAUAGAUAUCUCUCGAAUCGCGAAGACGCAGUAAAGUUGGCUCAUCAAAGUUUGGCUCAAUACUUUGCCGGAAAGCAUUCUACGGGCCUUUCCGAAGAUCCGCUCGUGCUUGUCCGUCGGAUGCACGAUCUACCUCAUUAUUUAUGCAAGUUAGGAGACAUCGAGAAUUUGAAAGAUUUGGCUUUGUGUAACUUCGCAUUUCUUCAAGCGCAACUGAAAGGCACCAGUAUUGACUACGUUCUCGAGUGUUUCACUGGAAAACAUUGCCCGAUGGACCAGGAUUUGAAAAUGAUCGUGGAUGCACUGAAGAUGUCUUCGGACGCACUACAAAUUGACCCAAAUCAACUAGCUGCUCAGUUAAUCGGUCGGUUAACAGAUUUGACCUCAUCUGAUCACAUCGCCCGCCUUUUGAAUGACGCUCGAAAAUCUGCGCAUGCGUUGAUCCCCAACACCGGGUGUCUAAAUCCCCCCGGUACAAAACUCCUGCACACGUCCAUGGAGCUCUACGGCCCCACAGAUCUGACAUCGGACUCGACAUUGGGACUAUCUGCUUCGAAAAACAUCGUUGCAUUAUGGGACGUCAGAAGCGGGAAGAUUAUACGAACCACAACCGCUGGUUCUACUAUACGGCAGGUUCGGUUUUGUCGGAAUAACCGUUUGUUUGUCGUUGAUGCCGGAAAGGGACUGGAAGUUUUUGAGACGAGUACGUUCAAGAAAAUUUGGGAGCUUGAAUGCCCAGGGACGGUUAGAGCCAUCACUUUGGCCGGUGAUUCGAAGGAUGUCUUGGUGGCAGCGUGUGGGCACGUGGUCAGAGCGUGGAACUUGCGUAGUGGCCUCAUGAUGAGUGAAAUUACGGAAUUAGAAGGGAUGUCUGUGGAUAAGAUAGCUGGAUGGCGAGAGUAUGUUGCUUGUGCGAGCACCGAAGGCAAGUUCGUGCGUAUAUAUGAAGUUUUUACUGGCGUAUUUGUAACACACAUCAACGCGUAUGAAAAGAACACAACAGAUUGUGUUGGCGACGUGUUUUUGUCUUCAUUCGGCGACGGACUGAUACUCACUAGUUCGGAUACGUCAUACGACGUUCGUGUUUUCCGAUUAUCCAGCGGAGUUUGGUUGCGCAAUAUCGGACGGGACAUCGUAAAUCCUCGCCUGACGUCGGACGGUCAUUAUAUCCUCUCGACCAACAGUCGCAACGAUAUCAGUGUUUGGAGUUUGGAAACUGGAUUGAAGCUUACGAACGUUUUCCGACAUCCUCCGACAAGCAUUAUCACCGACAUUAUCGCCAACGAUUUGACGAUGCUUGUAACGCUUUCCGACAACGGGAUUCUCCGAGUUUGGGACCUGGAGAAGGAGGAAACUAUUCAACAAGGCUUGUCGCAAGACAAACACGACAACUGCAUCAGGAAUAUCAUGUUUGUUAAGAGUAGAGGUGAGCAACGACAGGCUGUAAGUCGUUCUAAAGUUUCCGGGGAUAUCGUGGUCUGGAAUUUAUCGAAUUGUAAGCCAGUGCGUAUACUUAAAGGGACUCAAGCGGACGAUAUUCUUGUGGUGGACGAAACGCGCGCGGUACUUCGAAGCAUGGGGAAGCUUGCGUUGAUCGAUUUGGAAGAGGGACGGUUGAUCAAGAAACUUCGAGUGUCGUUUCCAAACAUGCGGAGCCGAAGUCGACUGGAACGGCGAGCCAGUUCUUUAUACAAGCGAAGGAAUUUAUCGCUUCGUCUGUUACAACGUUCAGGAGUGACCACGAAACCAAAAUGUGCACAGUUCAGUGAUGUGGCCAUUGUGGGACAGAAAUACGCCUUGAUGCUCUCCAGCAAGCGAGAUGUGGUUAAUCUGAUUUCCCUCGAUGACGGACAGUCAGUCGCGAAACUUGAUAGCGGACACAAAGACUGUAUUGAGACUGUUCUUGUCAGUGAUAACGGCAAGACUUUAGUUUGCUCGUACCAGAAUAGCCCUGCAGCGGUUUGGAACUUGGAGAAGAAGCAGAUUAUCGGAUGGCUUCGCGUGGAAAACACUUAUCCGAAACUAUGUCAAGCUGCCAUCACGCGUGACGGGAAGUACCUUGUUGAUGCGGUUAAGAUCAACGACUGUACACAUAUAGUAGUAUGGAACAUAGACAUUGCAGAAGUGCAAUGCAAGAUUCCUAUCAAGGGUGCAUCAGUACACACGAUAGCCGCGUCAUCUGAAAGUGGUAUUCUAAUCUGUUCCUUCAAGAAAGAAUACAGAAACACCGUCAUGGUAUAUACCUUAAGAUCUGGCGCGCAACUCUUCCCAUUGCCUUGUGGGAUACGUCAACAGAUCAACGGGAUUCAACUAAGUUUGGAUGGUAAACGGGCAAUGACGUUCAUUUCCGGAGAUCGUACGAUUAGGCUUUGGGACACUUCUCGUGGGGUGCAAAUCGGAUCAUUCACCGCUGACCAUGCCGUGUCGGACUGCGCUCUGUCGGACGAUGGGAACAGCAUUGUCUUAGCUAUCUAUAAAGCCUCGACUAUCGCAAGUCUAUCGUUUGCAGACCAGAGGAAAGCUAGGGAAGUGUCGGUGGAUCUGACUAAUCCUUACUAUAACCCCAAGAAUUACGGUGCAGUGUACGAGUUUCUCAACAUCCUUGACUGGGAUGAUGACACAAAUCUUAUGGACAAUACUUUGGCUGAGAAACAAUAGAUCGUUAGAUAUGAUAUUGCAAGGAGCUGGCCGUAGUUUGAACAGCGACACCAUGCAAUCAUAUAGACAAUACUUUGGCUCAGAAACAAUAGAUCGCUGGGGUCGAGACUGCGACACCAUGCAAUCAUAUAGACAAUACUUUGGCUGAGAAACAAUAGAUCGCUGGGGUCGAGACUGCGACACCAUGCAAUCAUAUAGAC